AAAAUUCCUUUAAAUUCUCCUUCCUCCCUCCAUUUCCAUCACACUCAAAAACUUCCUUCACACUCUUUAUACCAAAUCCCCUACGCCCUAAUCCCUAAUCCCCAAAUGGCUCGUACUAAGCAAACAGCCCGUAAAUCCACCGGAGGAAAAGCUCCAAGGAAGCAAUUAGCCACAAAAGCCGCCAGAAAAUCAGCUCCGGCGACCGGAGGAGUGAAGAAGCCUCACCGAUUCAGGCCAGGAACAGUGGCUCUUCGUGAGAUCCGUAAGUACCAGAAAUCAACCGAGCUGUUGAUCCGUAAGCUCCCGUUCCAGCGUUUGGUUCGUGAAAUUGCUCAGGACUUCAAAACCGAUCUCCGUUUCCAGAGUUCAGCAGUAGCUGCACUUCAGGAAGCUGCUGAAGCUUACCUUGUUGGUUUGUUUGAGGAUACUAAUUUGUGUGCCAUUCAUGCUAAGAGGGUUACUAUUAUGCCUAAGGAUAUUCAACUUGCUAGGAGAAUUAGGGGUGAGAGGGCUUAAAUGUGAUUCCAUGGUAGCUAUUUAGAUGUGGAAAAUCAUGGUCACCUUUGUAGUUUGGUAUAUGGUUGCUAGUGUUUUUCGGUGUAUUUUCGUUCGGAAUUUACUCAAUUCUGGAUAUGUAGUCGAAUCGAAAGUCUUAAUGGAUUAUCAGUAUUUCUUUUUCUAAA